AUGAAGGAAGAGCUUGGAUACACAGCCUUCCAUGUCAAUCGGAUCUGCGAGGUCCAUGACGACACGAUCACGUCGAUAGCAACAUGGAGUGACAUGAUGUACAUGGGGACGCAGAAGGGAAGGGUUAUCGUUUACACGCUCAACCCUGAUUUUCAGAGUGAGAGCCCAGAUGCAGUUUGUGGGUGUUUUGAAGAAGCAGCGGUGGAAGUGGACGGAAGUGAGGAGGUGAAGAAGAUAGACAUCGUGGAAAGCCUGGGAACCCUCCUUGUCGUUUGUGGGAGUCGGGUGGAGGUCAGGGAUCUAGCGUCUUUGGAGGAGCUCUAUAGAGUUGACGGGCGAUUCUCGGAUGUUUGCACUGCGGAUGUGUCUGGCUGCCACUACUUGCUCGCUGCCAGCAACGAGUCAGUCACCGUCUUCAAGCAUGAGGAAGGAUACACCCGUGACCGUGACAUCAAGUCUGCCUGCUGCCAUGUCCUCGGGCGCGAGUGGGUAACUCGCAUGCUCUACGUCGCUACGACCGCUGCGUUCUGGCUGUACAGCCUCGGAGACAGCGCAGGGCAUGUUGUCUCCCACGUGCCUCUAGAAGCAAGCCCGACAUGCUGGACGCCAAGGAUUCACCUGAGGAAAGAUGAAUGUGGCGAUGCUCAAAUCUACUUGAGUUGCCCGCGGAAAAGUUGGAAAUGCGAUGCCAAGGUCACGCAACUUAGCGUCAUCAUGGAGUGGGAAGAGCCGGCUGACGAGAUCAUCGUGUGCCAUCAGUACCUGUUGCUUCGGAGAGGAAGUAUGAAUGAUGAUGAUGAUGAUGAUGAUGAUGAUGAUGAUGAUGAUGAUGAUGAUGAUGAUGAUGAUGACGACGACGACGACGAUGAUGACGAUGACGAUGACGAUGACGAUGACGAUGAUGAUGAUGAUGCUGUUGUUGUUGUGGAUGAUGAUGAUGACGGUGAUGAUGGUUCAGACAACAUCGAAGCAUACAAUGAGGCGAGCAGCGUUCCUCCGUCCAUAUCGACCCGGAUGUGGCUGAACGAGGUACCUGUGCUGGGAGGAGGGGACGAGGACGAGGACGAGGACGAGGAAGAUGCUGUGUUGACACGUGGAAUUGAAGGAGGUAGCGUACAGCCUGCUGCACCUGCUGCGGUUCAAGGUAGCGGGGAUGUUUGGGCAACUUGCCCCGAGCUCAGACUGAGGGUGCAGGAGAGCGUUCCUUUCUUCAAGAGGGCGAUCAGGAUGCAAGUUGAUGGACGCGACGUCUUCAGCCUCUUCGAUCCUUGCGAUCUCCUCAGCUACCUCGAGCCCUCCCGCAGCAUCCGCCAGGAGGCCAAGGAGAGGCUCUGGGAGAGAAUGAAGCAUGCGAUGCCAAGAGGGGACGGAGGGGACAAGGAGGGCAAGACCAUGCUAGACCUGCUCAUCCUGAGUCGUCUAAGGUCCUCCAAUGCUCUCCUGUCGGACGAAGAGGAGGAGGUCUGGGUAGAAGAGCACAAGGAAGAGUUUAGACAAACCUUGUCCUCCAUCUUUCAGUUCGCUCGCAGUUUCGUCAUCCGGAAUCUCAUUAGACAUGUUGACAUCGUUAAGCUUGAUAACUACCUCGUCAAGCUCCUCGCCUCCACAGACCCCAGCAAGCUCGUCAGCCUCCUCCAGUCUGAGCACUUUGCCAACCUGGGGGAGUGCCAAGAGGUCCUGCUCUCCUGCGGCAGACACCACGCGAUCGCAAUGCUGCAUGCUCGAGGAGGGGAGCCUGUAGAUACUGUCUAUCAGAGACACUCCAUCAUCUCAAGAGGUGAUGAGGACGCUGACAAGGACCAGGAUUAG